GACUCAGGUCCACCACCCUAACCUGAUCUUCAUCCGUCUUCCCCCUCUCCGCAACCUUUACCCAAACUACAGCUCGAGUGUUUGUUGCAUCCAUGGCCGCAACUCUGCUCCUAUCCCCAAAUCUUCCCCGCCAAUUACUUACCACCCUCAGCCGAGCUCCGGCUAGAAGACAACAAACCUAUUCCCUCCAUCAGCGCACCCGCCGGCUUGUCCCAAUCCACGCAAUAACCACCCAGAAGGAGAAGGAGAACUCAUCUUCCGCCGAAGAGAUCACAAAGAAGUACGGCCUCGAGUUCGGCCUAUGGAACAUAUUUAGAUCCGGGGAGGAAGAAAGGGGGACGAGGAAGAAAUCAAAGACGGAUGAAGCAAAGGAGCUGCUGGCAAAGUAUGGAGGAGCGUACCUGGCGACGUCCAUCACUCUAUCGCUCAUCUCCUUCGCUCUCUGCUAUCUACUUGUCAGCGCCGGCAUCGACGUCCAGGCUCUGCUCAGCAAGGUUGGGAUUGCGGUGGAUGAGACCGGGGAGAAGGUAGGAACCUUCGCGCUCGCUUAUGCCGCGCACAAGGCGGCGUCGCCGAUCAGGUUCCCUCCUACUGUCGCGCUUACCCCCAUUGUCGCUGGUUGGAUUGGGAAGAGGAAGACGGCCGCCGACAAGAAGGAGGAGAAGUGAAUGGAUGGGCUCUUCGUCUUCUCCUUCUUUGUUUGGCCUGUAGCUUUAGAAGGGAGCAAGUCCUGUAGAUUGUAUACAAGGUGAAUAAUUUUACAGCCAAAUUAGGAUCUUUGAUGCUUACUUUCCUUUGUAUUGCCAUGAAUGAUGAGGUUU